AUGGCAAAUCAAACCAUCGCUACCUUCUUAACAUUACCGGUAGAACUUGUUUAUCGAAUUCUGGAUCAUCAGUCGGAUCUUACAAUGCUAUGCUCAAUGCGAAACACACUCAAAACACUAAAUCUCGAAGAGAAUCAAAUCGGAGCUGUUGGAGCACAUCAUUUGGCUACUAUAUUACACCACAAUACAACACUCACGACACUAAAUCUUCGAUGGAAUCAGAUCGGAGAUAUUGCAGCACACCAUCUGGCUAAUGGAUUACAAUAUAACACAACACUCACCACACUAGAUCUCAGUGUUAAUGGAAUCGGAGACGUUGGAGCACAAUAUUUGGCUGAUGGAUUACGACAUAACACAACACUCACCACACUAAACCUCCAACGUAAUGAAAUCGGAGCACUUGGAGCAAAACUUUUAACUGAUGUAUUACGACAUAACACAACACUAAUCACACUAGAUCUCCCAUGGAAUCAAAUCGGAGAUGUUGGAGCACAAUAUUUGGCUAAUGGAUUACGACAUAACACAGUAGUUAUCAUUCUCUCAUCAUCUACACCAUGUCGUUACGUGCACUUUUUCAUCUAG